GUGCGUUCCGGAAAUGCGACUGCGGACGGCCUUCCCACGUGAUCGUGACGUCAGCGCGCCCGCGCCAGCUGGACGCCCUAGGCUUCCGCGGGAUCCUGGUCCGGGGCCUAGCUGCUUCACGCUACGGUGUGGUUGCUUUUGGGGUCUUUUUCUGUAGGCUCUCCGGGGGCUGGUCUUGGACUCCACGAUGUACCACAACAGUAGCCAGAAGCGGCACUGGACUUUCUCUAGUGAGGAGCAGCUGGCACGACUGCGGGCCGACGCCAACCGCAAAUUCAAAUGCAAAGCGGUGGCGAACGGGAAGGUUCUUCCAAAUGAUCCAGUCUUCCUUGAGCCUCAUGAAGAAAUGACUCUCUGCAAAUACUAUGAGAAAAGAUUAUUGGAAUUCUGUUCUGUGUUUAAGCCAGCAAUGCCAAGGUCUGUUGUGGGUACAGCUUGUAUGUAUUUCAAGCGUUUUUAUCUUAAUAACUCAGUAAUGGAAUAUCACCCCCGGAUAAUAAUGCUCACUUGUGUGUUUUUGGCCUGCAAAGUGGAUGAAUUCAAUGUAUCCAGUCCUCAAUUUGUUGGAAACCUUCGGGAGAGUCCUCUUGGACAAGAGAAGGCACUUGAACAGAUUUUGGAAUAUGAGCUACUACUUAUACAGCAACUUAAUUUCCACCUUAUUGUCCACAAUCCUUACAGACCAUUUGAGGGCUUCCUCAUUGAUUUAAAGACUCGCUAUCCCAUGUUGGAGAAUCCAGAGGUUUUAAGGAAAACAGCUGAUGAUUUUCUUAAUAGAAUUGCCUUGACGGAUGCUUACCUUUUAUACACACCUUCCCAAAUUGCCCUGACUGCCAUUUUAUCAAGUGCCUCCAGGGCUGGAAUUACUAUGGAAAGUUAUUUAUCAGAGAGUCUGAUGCUAAGAGAGAACAGAACUUGCUUGUCACAGUUACUAGAUACAAUGAAAAGUAUGAGAAACUUAGUAAAGAAGUAUGAACCACCCAGAUCAGAAGAAGUCGCUGUUCUGAAACAGAAGUUGGAACGAUGUCAUUCUGUUGAGCUUGCACUUAAUGUAAUUACGAAGAAGAGGAAAGGCUAUGAAGAUGAUGAUUAUGUCUCAAAGAAGUCCAAACAUGAGGAGGAAGAAUGGACAGAUGAUGACCUGAUGGGCUUGAAGGAAUACUGAGAAACUCAACUGCCCUGAGUCUAACUACAAAAAUACAGACACCUUCCUCAGUCUCAGUACAUCUCAGGCUGCGCUUUCGGUGCAGAUCACCAAACUUGGGCAUCAGAACAAGACUUAUGUCUGAAAAUGUUCCCACCCAGCCCCAUUAAAAAGAUUAAUGUCUGAGAGAUUUUACUUCAACAUUGACAGGCUAGUUACUGCAGGGCCUACAAAGAAAUAAUGAGAUACACCUUUCCUACCAUCAAACAAUACAGAGAAAAUGAAAUUGAGAAGAGGAUUCUUUAUUAAUACAAGUAAACAGCUGUUGCUACCCAAGUCAAAAUCCCAUAUGUUAUUAAUGCUUAGAUUUUAUUUCUAUAAAAGAGUUCCCCAACUAAAACUACUUUUAAACCACUGACUCUACCUUCUCAUUUUACAGAAAAGGGCACAAAUCUAAAGAAGCUAAGUUAUUUGUCAGUUUUGAUGCCAGAACUUAGGACUAUCUACCUUCUAGUAUCAGGUCCUCUUUUUCACCUGACACCUACUAUCUGUAUGGCCUUGGUCAAGUCAGUCCUUCUAAGCUUCAUCUUUCUCAUACAUAAAUAUAAAGUCUACACUGCAGGUUGUUGUAAGGAUUAGAAACAAUACAGUCAUCCCUCAGUAUCAAUG